AAAAGGAGCCCGUUGUCAUGACGAUCUACACUGUGCACGUGUACCGCGAGAGCCGACCCAGCCUGCCCAUGUUCGGGAUCAUGUGAUGUGCAGCUUCGUGCAGGACUGUGGUCUGCUGGUUCAGCCCGGUCGGUCCUGUGGUCUUCAGCCUUUCAUCCAGACUCAGAGUCCACUUCAGACCUGCACAUCUGGACACCAACCAGGUCGGUGGGUGGUCCCGUGUCUCAGCUGUUCCGACAACAGGACGUGUGAUUGGAGGGAGGUUGCCUGGCAACCAGACGGCUGUUACCACCCGCUAGUGGACCGCCGCCGGCUGCAGGACUGUCUGACCGACAGGAAGGUUUUGUUCAUCGGGGACUCGACCAAUCGAGGGAUGAUGUACUUCCUGAUGGAGCGGGUGAACUCCAGCCUGGAGGUCUGGGGGAAGGCCCACGACACGCUGGUCUACGGGAACCUCAACGCCCGCCGCACGCUGGUCAGCUACUCGUACUAUCCCCAGUUCUGGUUGGAGAAGAGCCGGAGACCGAGCUUCAGACAGGCCCUGCUGCAGCUCAUCCACAGGUCCCGGCCUCUGGGGAACUCUAACCGGACGGUUCUGGUUCUGGGAGGAGUCCAGUGGCUCAACACGGACCACCUGAGGACCGUCAGAGACGUGCUGGACAGAGAGUCUCUGGGGGAGAUGGUGGUGGUGGUGAAGUCUCUGGGGAUGGGCUUCCAUCUUCCUGUAGACGGGAUCCGAUCGCUCACUCUGAAAGAGAUCCAGGAUCUCGACAGACAGAACCGUGACAUCAUCGCCGCAGCAAAGCAUCAUGGGUACGAGGUCAUUGACACGUUCAGCAUUACGAUGGGACGACACAAAGAGUUCCUGCAGGGACGCUGCGCCUGCCACUUCCACGAGGUGGAGAGUUUUUGGUCCAACGCUCCGUCCUCGACUAACCGGACCUCACCAGAGCUCAGCAGCCAAUCAGACGCGCGGGACACGGCCCAGGAAACGGGGCCUAAAGCCUCGGCCUAUCACGUGAGGGGAGCGGUGAACCAGGUGUACUCGGAGAUCCUGCUGAGCCGCCUGUGUCCCAAAGAAACCUCUCAGCGCUGAACUCUCUCCUCCAGGUGGACUGGUCUUAUUAUUUGGGGAUUUUAACCACAAAGCGAGUUCUUAAAGGGACAGAACGGAAAGACAGGUCCAAGAUGGACACAAACUGACUCUUAAUAAGAGACUAAACACCUGAAGCUUUUCAGAGAUUAAAACCUGCUCCAGUUCUUCCCAAAAAGAGCUGAGUUUGAGAACUUUAAUACUGAGAGAAAUAUCCAGACUGUAGUCUAUCUCAUAUUUAAUCGUCUCUCGGUCUCCCAGCAGCCUCUCUGUCUCUCUGGGCCUCCUUACAUAUUUAUAUUGAUAUAUAUUUUUAUAUGAUCCUGAUAUCAGAACCAAAGACUCAGAGCUAACUGUUAUAAUAACAUAUCAUCAUGUGAAAACCUCUCAUGUGAUUCUCUCUAUCUGCUUAUAUUUUUCUACAGAUGUAUAUUUGUGCCUUUAAUCUCUAAACAUGUUGACAUGCUGGAAUAUAGAAUAUAUAAAUAUAUUUAUAUGAAUGUUAGGAUUCUUUUCUGCUCUCUGAAACAUGGAAACAGCUGUGAAAACAUGAAAUCUGUUUGUAUUCCGUAUAUCACCAGUGUAAUCUGGCUUUUUAUACAUUUUAA